AUGGCUUCAGGUAUCACCUGGCACUCUGAGCUUUCAUACCAUCGCGGGACUCUAACCAUCAACUACGACUACGAGGACUCCGACGUCAAAUACCAUAUUUCCCAGUACGCAUCUUUCACCCGAGAAAUCAUAUUCAACAUCUGCUUCCCCGAGCCAGAUAACGACAACACUGGACUCAGAAGAGUCGAGCAAGAUCUCUCCGAAAUAAUCGAAACCCUCAACGAUGAAUUCGACUUAUGUAGAAGCAAUGUUAUAUUCUGGUUACGCGAAUAUGAUAUUUCGCAGAUUUCUUGUGCCCUCGAGUUUCGCCAUCUAAGGGGGCGGACUGUGUUUGAGUACUAUGUGAGAGGAGAUUGUCGAGAUACAGUGGAUAUGGAUUCGGAUUGGUAUGCGGAGUUGAUCGGUAGCCAUUGUUCGGAUGGAAGCUCGAAUGGUAGCAAUAGCGACGGGGAGGUUUAUUAUGCGAGGGAUACGGACUCGGAGUGA